CAACUUUCCAGUCCUUGACCCCUCGCUUUUCUCUCCCACGCAAUUCCCGAAUACUAACCGUCAUUUUCAACAUGGCGACCCAGGUAGCGGGUAAGCGCCAACAGCGCGAGGAAUAUCGCCGCAAGAUCCAAGAGCAGGUCGAGCGCGGUGAUGGCGAUGCUUCCAAUGUGAAGAUGCCGCAGAAGAGAUUCUUCCGGCAGCGCGCGCAUGCGAAUGUCUUCUCGGAUCAUAAUUUGGACUACCCUAUUAGCCCCGCGCAUAUGGACUGGGCGUCGCAUUACCCUGCCUUUGUGGAUCCCGAUCCGUCCAAGAUCAAUCUCGGCGGUACCAGGAAAUUGACCAAGGAUGUGGAAGUCGUAGACAUUGGCUGUGGAUUUGGCGGGUUGCUGGUUGGCCUGGCACCUAUACUACCAGAUACCUUGAUGGUUGGCAUGGAAAUCCGCGUCUCAGUCCUCGAAUACGUCCGCAGUCGUAUCUCCGCCCUCCGCCUGAAACAGCAAGUCCUGAAGAAGAUCGCCGCGGAGAAAUCCACAAACGGUGCUACCACCUCCGAUACCCCCGCAGCCACAGAAGACGAGGACGACGAGGUCGGCAGCACGACGACCAUCGUCCCCGGGAACUACGAGAACAUCUCGGGUAUCCGAGCCAACACGAUGAAAUUUCUCCCCAAUUUCUUUGCCCGCCACCAACUCUCCAAGAUCUUCGUGUGUUUCCCCGAUCCGCACUUUAAGGCGCGCAAGCACAAGGCUCGUAUUAUUUCCGAGAGUCUGAAUGCCGAGUAUGCGUACGUCUUGAAGCCGGGUGGUUUGUUGUAUACAAUCACCGACGUGGAGGAGUAUCACCACUGGGUCCUGCGGCAUUUCAAGUACGAGACUGUCGAGGGGGAGAAUGCCGAUGAGCAGUCGGCGGAUGAGCCUACCGGGGGGAUUAGGGAUUUGUGGGAACUCGUUUCUGACGAGGAACUCGAGGCGGAUCCCUGUGUGCGGGUGAUGAAAUUUGAGACGGAAGAGUCGAAGAAGGUUUCUCGGAACAAUGGUAACAAGUAUGUUGCCGUUUUCCGACGCAAGGCUGAUCCCGAGUGGCCUGCUUAAGAGGAGAAAACGAGUGCAUGAGUGUAUUUGAUUGGUCUUUUAUAUGGCCUGAAAAAGAUUCUCUGGUGUAUAGGCGUUUUCCCUCCCAUCUUCAAGUCCACGUCCAAAGUUCAAAGUCUCUAUUAUGCAUGCAUUGCCGAUACCACAAACAUGAAACAAAUCUCAAAAUAAACAAUCUGCGCUUGCUAAAUCAAAAUGAAGACUCCCGCCAAAGAGGGCAACAUGGAAGCGAAAUGUCAGAAGUAAAACAUAAGACAAUCAUAGAACCGAAUAAUGCACUCUCAUAACCCGAAACGGAUCCCCCCCCCCCCACCAAAGUCAAUCAAUAAAUCGUAAUGCAGUAAAUUCAUAAAUCGCAUCAAAUGCUCCGAUACCCAUCGCGAGAGUGCCGAAAGUAAGUGUAGCGUAUAUGUAACCUUAGCACAUCCCAGGAGCCUUGAGACGAAUACCCUCACACCGCUCACAGAUAGCCAACUGCACCGGCCCACCAAUAAUUCGACCCUUAGCAGUACGCUUCGGCUCGCCCUCACGAACAAAGAAACGGCCCUCGGAUCCAAAUCCGUCACCGCACUCGUGACAGACAAAGCAGCGCUCGUGCCAUUGUCCACCGAUAGCGGUGAUGACCAGAUCAUCGAGGACGUGCUGCUUGCAGCCCAGACAGCGGGGCGCGGUGCGACGGCCGUGGCAUUGAAGACACCAUGCG